GUGCCGUGCCGUGCCGUGCCGGCAUGGGCGAGAGCACCAGCCCCAUCAGCGUUAUCCUGGUGAGCUCGGGCAGCCGCGGCAACAAGCUGCUCUUCCGCUUCCCCUUCCAGCGCGGCGCCGAGCACCCCGCCGCACAGGCCAAUAAACCAAGGAGUCGAUAUGCUGUGAAUAGCUCUGGUGACACCACAGAAGAUCAAGAUGGGGACUCCAGAGACCAAUGUCCUCUAACUGAUGAGCAAUUGGUUUCAGGGUUUUCGGAUGUCAUCCUGGCAACAAUUUUGGCUACCAAGUCAGAUAUGUGUGGCAAAAAGUUUGAACUGAAGAUUGAUAAUGUUCGCUUUGUUGGCCAUCCCACGUUGCUUCAGCAUGCCCUCGGACAGGUAUCCAAAACUGAUCCCUCACCAAAGAGAGAGAUGCCCACUAUGAUUCUCUUCAAUGUGGUGUUUGCACUAAGGGCCAAUGCAGAUCCAUCCGUGAUAAACUGCUUACACAACCUCUCCCGAAGAAUCGCCAUAGUCUUGCAGCACGAGGAGCGCCGCUGCCAAUACCUGACCAGGGAGGCCAAGCUGAUCUUAGCUAUUCAGGAUGAAGUGUCUGCUAUGUCAGAAGCCACAGAAGGGCCACAGUCACCUUUUCAUCACAUCCUACCCAAGUGCAAACUGGCCAGAGAUCUCAAAGAGACAUAUGACAGUCUCUGCACAACAGGGGUGGUCCGUUUACAUAUCAACAACUGGCUGGAAGUGAGUUUCUGCCUGCCUCAUAAAAUCCAUUAUGUUGCCACAAACUUCAUACCCCCUGAAGCAAUUGAGAGAAGCCUGAAAUCUAUCAGGCCUUACCAUGCCUUAUUACUUUUAAAUGAUGAGAAGUCAUUGCUUAAUGAGCUCCCGUUGGACUGCUCUCCUGCCCUGGUGAGAGUAAUUAAAACUACCUCUGCUGUGAAGAAUUUGCAGCAACUGGCUCAAGAUGCUGACUUGGCAUUGCUGCAGGUUUUCCAGCUUGCUGCACAUCUUGUUUACUGGGGAAAAGCAAUUAUUAUUUAUCCGCUGUGUGAAAACAAUGUCUACAUGCUUUCUCCAAAUGCCAGUGUCUGUCUUUAUUCUCCAUUAGCAGAUGCAUUUUCUUGUCAGUUCCGGGGCCACAACCUGCCGUCGAUGCUUUCCAAGUUCUCCCUCCCGGUGUCACUCUCAGAGUUCAAGAAUCCACUCGCACCGCCCGUUCAGGAGACUCAGCUCAUUCAAAUGGUGAUAUGGAUGCUCCAACACCGGCUGCUUAUUCAGCUUCACACUUACGUCUGUCUGAUGGUGCCACCAAAUGAGGAUGAUUUCCGAGCCCAAGAUGAAGACAUGCCCUUUACUGCCAGAGUUGGAGGCCGAAGUUUAAGCACCCCCAAUGCUCUCAGCUUUGGUUCUCCAACUAGUAGUGAUGACAUGACUCUGACAAGCCCUAGCAUGGAUAAUUCCAGUGCUGAGUUGAUACCUGGUGGGGACUCACCCCUAAAUAAAAGGAUGACGGAGAAUCUCCUAGCAAGCUUGUUGGAACAUGAGCGGGAAGCUAUCCUUAAUGUCCCUGCUGCCCAAAAUCCAGAAGAUCUUCGCAUGUUUGCAAGGCUGCUGCACUAUUUCCGAGGCCGACACCAUUUGGAGGAGAUCAUGUACAACGAGAACAUGCGUCGCUCCCAGCUGCUGAUGCUGUUUGACAAAUUCCGCAGUGUGCUGGUGGUGACCAGCCACGAGGACCCCGUGAUUUCAGUUUUUCAGUCUCUCUUAAAGUGACUCUACUGGCAAAGGAAGGGAACCUGCUACACUCUCCAUACUGAUAGUCUAAAAGAUGCCUAAAAACUAAAGGAUGUGAUUUCAAUUCCUUCUUGCCAUGUGACAUAGAGCAGGUUCUCCCCCUCUGUGCCUCAAUUGCCCAUCUGCUCCCUGUGGUCACAGCUGAGGCCGGUCUGUGCGAGGGCUCUGGGGCCUGCCGCAGGACAGCAUGUGCUCGCUCAGCCUGGAUUCCUGCCGCGCCACGUUCACAGCAUGGGAGCUGCCGGUUCACAGCCCUUCCCUGACCCUGCUCCCUCCCCAGGGCUUGUGAGAGUGGGCCAAGAAGAUUUCCACUGCAGCGUUACUGACAGUACUUCACUUCUGGGUGGACGCUGGUGCAUCCAAAGUGCUUUCUCUGCUCUCCAACACCACGACUGCUGGGUCAUUCAGCCGCGAGCACCGUUAGUGAGCAACCUGUCCCGUGGCAGAGCACGCAUGGCCUCUGCUCAAGGACAGAGUGGAGUUGGCCUGGCUUUUAGGGAAAUGUCCCUGGGUGCUGAGGAAUUCUGUUUGAUCAUUGUUAUCUGGCAGCAGUGAGGACAUAAGUAGGAAGGCAAAGUAUCACAAGUAAACAGUUUCAUGAAUGAGAAUGACUCGCUCACUGUGUUACAGCUUACUAUUUCCUCUCGCCAGUAUCCUUAUUACUAACAAGUGUCUAUUGGAGCAUGGCUGUCACCACACAGCCUGUGUGUUUGCAGGUUCCCAGUGUUUCCAGUUUGUGACUCGGGGUGGGGGGGGAGCUUGGUUGUUGAGCAGGACUGAAAUUAGCUGGCUAAGCUGCAGGUACGUGGACAUAUUAGUUCCACACGGCCAGAGGCUGGUGCUAAGGGCACUCAGACUUGGCCCCCAGGGCUUGUUUUGUUCCUCCAUUCCCCUCCCUGCAAGCAUGGCUGUGGCCAAAGGGAACCAGGCUGGGAAUGUGGCCUGGGUUAAAGCUAUCCAGCUGAAAAACACACUGCAGGUCUGUACAUGGCUGUGUUUCCUGAUCUGGUUCAGGACUGUUCCUCCAGCUGUGCCAGGGCUAGAACAAGAGGUGACAGCUCUGUUUCUGGGGACAGCAGGAGCUUAUGCCAGCUCACCCCUGGCCUGUGUGAGGCCACUGUUCCCCACAGCUGCUCACUGCUCUGUGCUGCAUACCCAGGGAAGUGAGGGCAGACCUUUAACUCCAUGGUGGUGGCUUCCAGGGAUGUGUGUUGUUAAAAGAUUGUCAGGCUCCUCCUUAAGACCUUCCCUUAUACACACACACACACAAGCUGGAGUUUUUCCCAGAGUUGCAGGCUCUCACAGAGCAGCUUCACUUGCCCACACAAACUGGGUGAAACUUGACCACCAGCAAGGCACAGUUGCACUGGGGGAGCCCAGUGUUCACAGUGCCCCAGAUAAUACCCGAUGACAGCUACUUACUCACAGUCCCUUCAGUGAGUCCCCCCCUGCAGCUGCAAGCAGGGAUGUUAUAGAAGAGCAAAAGCAAUAUCUAACCUAAAAAGCAGAUCAACAUUGCUGUAGGGCCCCAGUCCCAACCAGCCCCCAGUAACUGUGUCUCAAGGUGAGCUACUGAGAUCAAGGUCUGUUCAGAAGGGGCCAAACAAGAUUUUUUUCAUGUGAUGGGGACAAGGGUUUUGAAAAA